GAACGAGGGUCUGAGCAGCGCCGUGCUGGUGGGCAUGGACAAGAAGCAGCGCGGCGGCUGCAUCGUGGCGGCAUGCCUGGCGCGCGUCCUGCCCUGCGAGCGGAUCCACGACGCCGACAUCCUCUGCUUCGGGAAGAAGGACGAUGACCCUUUCCUCCUGGAGAUGAAGCGCAUGUUCCUGACGGUGCAUAAGCGGCUGGACCUCUACGACCAGCUGUGCGUCAAGGAGCUCCUCGACUUGGCGUUCGUCUCCGAGGACAGCGACUACAAGGGAAAAGGUCCG